ACCAACAAUUGUAGUCAGAGUUAUUGCUUGCUUUCAACCGAUGGAUAAUUGUCAGGCUGAAUACUUUAGACAUAUACUCAAACCAGUGACGUAGUUGGUUUUAUUGUAUUCCCGUAAAGUUCCUUUGGCUUAAACUGCAAGAGCAUGCCUCUUGAUACCCGGCAGCAGAAAUGGUUGCCAUUGGGCUUAAAUCCUCAGGCUUGUGUCCAGGACAAGGCGACUGAGUCUUUCCAUCCUGGAAUUCCUUUUCCGGAACUCGGUAAAGUAUAUGCAGCUGAGCAUCAGUUUCGCUAUUUGCAGCCACCGUUCCAAGCCUUAUUGUCUAGUUAUGAUCGGCAGUCUUGUGGAAAACAAGUUUCAUGUAUGAACGGGCGAUCUAGCUGCGGUGCUGCUCCAGAGGGGGCUAUCAAGUCUUCUCGGAAAAGAUUUCUAGUAUUCGAUCAGUCAGGAGAUCAGACUCGUUUAUUACAAUGCGGAUUUCCUCUGCAGUUUCGUUCUUCUAUGGAUGCAGAGCGAGCGAACAUUCUCGGUUCUCUACACCCAGACAAAGAUCAUCCCAUUCCUGAAAAAAUGUUGCUCCAUGAAGAUCAUGUUAACGGCGAAGAAGAGUCAGAAAUGCACGAAGACACCGAGGAAAUCAACGCGUUACUGUAUUCUGAUGAUGACGAUAAUGAUGAUUGGGAAAGCGAUGAUGAAGUAAUGAGCACUGGUCACUCUCCAUUCCCAGAUGAACAACAAGCGUGCAACAAAACAACAGAAGAACUGGAUGAAACUGAAAGCAGUGUUGAUGGUCCACAUCUAAAAAGACAGAAACUACUGGACCAUUCAUUCAGAGACUCAUCACUAUCUCUUGUGAGCACUAAAGUCAAAGGCUUAUCAGAUGAAAACCUUCCUGAAUCCAACAUCUCAAGCAAACAAGAAACGGGUUCUGGUCUGAGCGACGAGCAGUCAAGAAAAGACAAGAUUCACACCGCUCUGAGAAUCUUGGAGAGUGUAGUUCCAGGGGCAAAGGGAAAAGAAGCUCUUUUACUACUAGACGAAGCCAUUAGUUACCUCAAGUUGCUGAAGCGAAACAUAAACUCAACAAAGAGUUUAAACAACCAUUGGUGAAAAACCUAAAACCCCUUUUGUCCUAUUGAUAAGCAUGUUUGGUUGGUUAAAGAGAAGACAAGGGACAAAAGAUAAUCAAUGAGGUAAAAAUCUAUGUCCCCACUCUCACUUGUCUCAUUAUUACUCUUCUGUUGCUUUCAAUCCCAUAUCUUGUCAUCUUUUUUAGAUCUCUGGCUCUUAAGCUCUUCAAAGGCCUUGUAGUUUUGUACUACUAUAAUGUUAUUUGCUUCUGUUGUUUCUCUCGUGGGUCUUAGUUCUGAUGUUCAUGUAAUAAACUUGAGUGUUAAUA